ACUUUGUGAUUUACCGUCGACUACUUUUUAUUCUUCAAUUUUGACUCAUUUAUGUAUCAUAGUAGAAACUUUUGAUGAUCGUCUUUACUUACUUGAUGGUCGACUCAAGCAAUUGACUACAUUUAACGUUAAUGUUUAUUCCAUAGACACUUCGUCAACAAGUGUUCAUUAUAUGGAUAUGUUACCUAAUCUGAAAUGUUUCUCAUUAGAAUCUUACUUUCAAUUUCAACAAUAUGAAAAAAUACCAUCGCUUCUUCGUCGUAUGCCUUAUCUGGAACAUUUAACUUUAUAUCUUUCUAUAGCAGAUCGAAAUAGAAUCAUCGAUGGUACUUGUAUUCACGAUGAUAUUCUUGUUUAUAUGCUUCAACUUCAUUCAUUCACUUUCUGUAUUAAUACUUAUAUUGACAUUGACGGUUUAUCUCAUGAUUUGUCUCGUGAACAUAUUCAACAAACAUUGAUAAAUAUCGGACAACAAAAUGCAUCUUCUAUCGUCAAUUAUCUUAGUAAAUGCACAGUCGCAUGUUCAAUUUUCUCCCUGUCUUUUGCAUUUAAUUAUCUUGAAUAUCUUGGCAAUGCAUUUCCAAAUACUGUAUUCAAUUAUGUUACAUAUUUAGUUGUGGACGAUGGUGAUGCAUUUAGACAUGAAUUCUUCGUUCGAAUUGUUCGAUCGUUUCCAAUACUGAAGUAUUUAUGUAUUUAUAAUGAUGAACCGCAGGGGUCAAGCGAUCUCACAUUAUCAUCUGACCAUAUUCAAUCAUUUUCAAUAAUUGAAUAUCCGCAUCAUACUUCACUUGAUGUGAGCAGUAGCGAUACAGGUUACCUUGAACAAUUUCUAAAUGAAACAAAGGCAUAUGUACCUUGUCUAACCGAAUUGGAAGUGUCUCAUCGUGACUUGAAAACGGUAACAAAGAACUUUAUAAGAGAAGAAACACGACGGAAUUGUGCUAAAGUGAAGAAAUUAAAUACUGCUCAACCAUUGGAUAAUUCGCAAGAUUUCUAUCAUUAUUUUCCUUCGUUAUAA